AUGAUCUCAAUAAAAUCCAUCAAACCACUAAAACAGCAGUUCUCCAUAAGAGAUGAAAUACCGUUCCAAAUAACCAUAGACACUGAUCUGGAUAACCAAGAUGUGGAGUUUACGAUUAUAUACUGCGGUGACCCGGAAAAGGAUGCACAUGACCAGAAGCUUAGCGAGGACGUUGUCGGACCGCUCUCUAAAGGGCGCUUUGGCUUUACGCUCUGUGCUGAACCCGUAGAUAUCAUGAAAGUGCCUGUAGAAAUGAUGUUUGGCGUGACAAGCAUCGUGAUCAUAGGGAAGUUCAGGGGCAGACAGUUUGUGAGAGCAGGCUUCUUCGUCAAUGUGAGCUAUCCGGGAUUACCAAACAGAAUACUUGAGUGUUUGGACGUGAGGGAUGAUAUUGAUGUAAGUUUGGUUUCCUCCUGUGAAGAUAAUGAACAAUUUGGGAAAUAUGAGGAUGAAGAAGAUAGAGAAAUUAAUAGUGAUGAGAUUAAGUACGAGAGCAGUGAGAUGGAAAGUAUUGACGAGGGCAUUGAGGAUGAUGAGGGCAUUGAGGAUGAUGAGGGCAUUGAGGAUGAUGAGGGCAUUGAGGAUGAUGAGGGCAUUGAGGAUGAUGAGGGCAUUGAGGAUGAUGAGGAAAUAGAGGAAGAUGAGGAAAUAGAGGAAGAUGACGAGGGCAUUGAAGAUGAUGAGAAAAUAGAGGAUGAUGAGGGUAUCGAGACCGUGGAUGAAGAGGAUAGCGGAGAGGAGGAUGGUGCUGAUGGCAAUGAGAGCAAGGUGAUAGCUCAUGAUGAAAUAAGUAUGAAGGCUCUUGUGACGGAUAAUGGUGGUAAACAAGUAGAUGAAGGGACAAUAUGUGAGUUUGAGGAGGGUGAAGAGAAAAAGAAUGGCAAUGAAUCGAUUAAAGGGCAAAAACAGGAAAUAAAGGAAACAUUGGAAGUGGGCGAGUUCGGUAAUGACGGCAAAGAUGGAUUGGAAGAACGAAACGAAUGUCCGCAGGUGAAAGCGCUUACAGAAAAUGUAAAGGAAGAGGAGAAUGUGGGCAAAAAUGAUAAAAACAUGGCUGCUAAAGAGAUAAGUGCUUCUCAGUCUGACGAACCGAAUUUGGCCCAAGAUGAGGAUAUUUCAAUAUUUCUUAUGAAUCCUGACUUUACAGGGGGGAAGGACAUCCCCGAAGAGAAUCAGAUAAAACUCAAAGGCUUUAUAUUGGACAAGGCGAGGAUUGUUUUUGAGCUGUCAGAGCCGCCCUUAAUUACCGUAUUUAGUAUUGAUGAAGAGGACGAAGAGGAAGAUACAGCCAAGAGAAUGAAGAUUUAACGAAUAUUUAAUAGUGUUUGCAGUCAAUCAUGUUCUUAAUUGGUUGCAAAUACUGCUGUUAGCGGGUUGUUGUGAUCAAUAAACGUAUUUUAAUGGA